ACGACACACGCGGGCCGCGUGUGUGCGCGGUGUGUGCGCGGCGUGCCCCGGAGCGUGCCUCAUCGCGUGAGCAACGUGCAGCCGUGCCGGCGCGCCCAGGGCAGCCGCGGGGAGCGGGCCGCGCGCAAGCCGUGCGAGCGUGCCCCAGAGGCUCGCAGGGGCCGCGCGUGAGUCACGGCGUGCGCGUGUGCGAGCCCUGCGCGGGGGUGCCCAGGGCUGCCGCCGGGUGCGGGCGCACGCCGGGGCGCGGAGGUGCAUGCAGCUCGUGCAGGCGCGUGCACAAGCGCGCGUCCAGUGUGCAUGGCUGAGUGUGCACGCACGCGCGAGGGCACGCCUUUUCCGCGUGGGGGCGAGAGCGCAUUUAUGCCACCCGCGGGCUGUGGCGUGACACGCGUGUGCCAGCCAGGCACGCGCCCGCAGCCUGCGCGUGUGCCCGCGUCUCGCGCAGGGGGCGAACCGCCGCCCGCCCCUCCCGCACGCGUCCGCGCGGGGCACACGCGUGCGCACCCGCGGCUGAGCGCCGGGGCUCUCCCUCUGCCCAGGUGCGGCGGGAUGCGGCGCGGCGCGGCGGCCUGCUGGGCGGUGAUGCUGCUGGCCGCCGCCUUCUGCGACACGGCGGCCGGCAAGGGCGGGCGCGGCGGAGCCCGGGGGGCCGCCCGCGGCGGGGCCCGGGGGGCCGCCCGCGGCCGGGUGAGGGCGGCGCCGCCCCGCUACGGCUCGGCCGGGGCGGCCCUGCGGGUGGCGGGGGCGGCGGCGGCUGGAGCGGCGGCCGGCGUGGCGGCGGGGGCGGCCCUGCGCCGGGCCCGGCUGGCCGGCGAGCUGGAGUCAGGCGACGGCGUCGAGUACCGCGACGGCAACUGGACGGGCGCCGCCGGCGCCUGGACCUCCGCCGCCCCGGCCCGGGACCCGCCGGGCUGGGCCGUGCCCUGGCUCUGCCCCCUGGCCGCCGUCCUCCGCCGCUGAAGGUUUCGGGGGACCUGACCGUGCCCGGUGCAGCUACCGAUGCCGUGAGGACCGGCCGCCCCCCGGGGCCCAGCCCGCCCCCCUGGGCUAGCAGUGGCUCCCAGGGCUGCACCCACUCAGCGCCCGAUCUCACCCGGUCACCCACCGCCAGUGGGGCAGGACCCCGCGGGAAGUCCCUCCACCACCUGCACCCCCAACCCCCAACCCCGCCGGCUCGGGCACCCCGUUCGCACCGCUCUUCUGUACGUGGGUCUCAGCGUCUGGAGGACGAGGAGGUGGCAAUAAAAAUGGGCAGAAAGCA